AUGGACGUGGCCAAGCUAAGCGACGCGCCGACGCUGCUUCGACGUCUCACGACACUCGAUACAGUGCUCUCAAAGUCGCAAGGGGCACUCUCGACCCCCGCCGCGCCGCUCUCGGACGUCGAGGUGGUUGCACGCGCCAGCGGAGGGAUUGUGCUCUACGGGCUGCGUCUGGGGCUACCUGGCGAUUCACCGAGCAAGCCAUUCUUGCAGCCGCCGUCCGACAGUGUCCUGGUCGCCCCGACGUCGCGCCCUCGGGUCGGAGGCCAUUGGUUUGAGUCGGGCUCGGCGGCGCGCGACUUUUGCGCUAACUUCGCGACCCACAGUCGGCCCGAGACGGAGAGCGUACCAAGUAGCCCUGCGCAGCGUGUGAAGGCGGCCGUGCACGUGGCCUACUCGUACGUGCCCACUGCGUCGAUGCCGCUGCGCGCCGAGUCGCUGCGACUGUCGUGUGACGCGGCGCGUGAUGCGGCUACUGUGACGUCGCCAGCACUCGCGCGGGCCUUUCUGGCCACCUACGGGUCGCACGUGCGCUGCGGCAGCUUUGAGCUCGGUGGCGUCUUGUGCAAGGUGGUCGAGCACACGUUCGAGCACCUCGGGCCAAGCGACGCUGUGCGCACGGCGAUUCCUGCAGCCGACCUCUCGCUUCC